AUGGCGGCUAUUACCGGUUCGAACGCUGUUUCUUUUACUAAGUUUGGAAUUGUUGGAAAAUUUGAAGGCGGCGUUGAUCGGAGAGCCAGUUCUGUUCAGCAAUGGUCUCCGAUUUCUGGCGGAGCUGGAUCGAAUCAGCUUCGAGGUUGCUUUGGCCUCCAGCUAAGAUCGAAGAGCUCUUUUACUUCUACAGGAAUAAAAGCUCAGGUUGCUACUGAAGAACAAGUAAGCACUAAGGAAGGCCAGCAGGUGGAAGCGCCUGUGGCUAUUGUGACAGGAGCCUCGAGAGGAAUUGGAAGAGCCAUCGCAUUGAGCUUGGGAAAGGCGGGUUGUAAGGUCCUGGUCAAUUAUGCUAGAUCGUCAAAGGAGGCUGAGGAAGUUUCCAAAGAGAUUGAGGGUUUUGGAGGGCAGGCUCUUACUUUUGGUGGAGAUAUGUCAAAGGAGGCUGAUGUGAAUUCAAUGAUUAAGACAGUGAUCGAUGCUUGGGGAACUGUUGAUAUUUUGAUCAACAAUGCAGGAAUUACUCGUGAUGGUUUGUUGAUGAGAAUGAAGACAUCUCAAUGGCAGGAGGUGAUUGAUCUGAAUCUUACUGGUGUUUAUCUCUGCACUCAGGCAGCAUCGAAAGUUAUGAUGAAAAAGAAGAAGGGAAGAAUAAUCAAUAUAGCUUCAGUAGUUGGCCUCGUUGGAAAUGCUGGACAAGCAAACUACAGUGCUGCCAAGGCAGGGGUGAUUGGUCUUACAAAGUCCGUUGCAAAGGAAUAUGCCAGCAGAAACAUCAACGUUAACGCUGUUGCUCCUGGGUUUAUUGCGUCUGACAUGACUGCCAAACUUGGGCCAGAGAUCGAGAAGAAAAUCCUGGAUACCAUCCCCUUGGCAAGAUAUGGCCAAGCUGAAGAAGUCGCUGGACUUGUUGAAUUCUUGGCACUUAACCCUGCUGCUAGUUACAUUACAGGACAGGUUUUCACCAUCGAUGGUGGGAUGGUUAUGUAGGUGGGGCGUGUAUGAAAUUGGCGCAACUAAGCUCGUAAGGGAAGAUAGUUCAGAGUUUGUAUAAUCAGUGGCCAUGGAACUGCGGAUUUUCUUACUAGACAUGACCAUAUGCUCUUUUACCAUGGUUUUCUGAUUCCCUUUUCGAGUUGCUAUUACAAUAUUGUAGUUGAAGUUUUCUCUGCGAAAUUCAAGUAUUUAAAAUACUUUUUGAGUGAAAAAACAUGUUCAACCACUUGAAAUAUUAUUUCGUAACAGUUUAUUUC